UGGAGGAGGGAGGGAGAGAAGGAGGGUGAGCGGGAAGGGGGAGGCAGGCAGUGGGGCGGAGCCCCAGGUUGGGGAGGAGCGGGUUUUUCCCGUCUCCCAUGAGGUGAUUCACUGGGAGACUUCAGACUUUUUGGCCCUCCUUGUUUUACCUCGAGUAGGUAACUCCAGCGGGGCUGCUGGACCCAAGGGGUGCCUUGGGAACGGUAAGUGGGGUGACUUGGAGAGCUUGCCAGAAGAGGGAGCAGUGGGUGGCUCCCUGAAGGUCCAGGACUCUGGGGUCGGGAGGAAAGAGUUGGUUGGAGGGUGAGCUGGGAAGAGGAGAGGACUUGGCAGCUGGAGUCCUCCCUUGACCUCCCCCAGCCUCCUUCGGAAGUUCCCUCUUCCUGUCCCACUCUCUGCCUUGUGCUAGGAGACUUCCCUUGGCUGAGCCUACUGCCAACGCCCAACUUUUUUUCCUUCUCUUCCUUUUUCUCUUUUCCUGGGUCUUCAGCUGCCCCAGCUCAUGCCCCUCUGCUCCCUGAAUCUCACGCAGGGUCUGCCGCAUGUGAUGAAAGUUUCAACUCUCAGGGAAGGCACAGCCAUGGCUUCCCCACCGCCCCGGGAGAUGGAGGAGGAGCUGGUGCUCACUGGCUCUGAGCCAGGUGACUCUCGGGCCAAACCCCCUGUCAAGCCCAAGCCCCGGGCCCUUCCCACCAAGCCAGCCCUGCCUGCCAAGCCCAGCCUACUGGUGCCUGUAGGGCCUCGGCCCCCCCGGGGCCCUCUGGCUGAGCUGCCUUCUGCCCGGAAGAUGAACAUGCUGGCGGGACCCCAGCCCUAUGGUGGCAGCAAACGUCCCCUCCCCUUUGCACCAAGGCCUACUGCUGAUGCCCCUGAUGGAGGAGAAUCCACUCGAGGGACUGGGAAGGAGGAGGCUGGCAAAGAGGAGGUGCCCCCCUUGACCCCUCCAGCGAGAUGUGCUGCCCUGGGCGGCGUUCGGAAGGCCCCGGCCCCAUUCCGUCCAGCCUCAGAGCGCUUCGCAGCCACCACCGUGGAAGAGAUCCUGGCCAAGAUGGAACAGCCUCGGAAGGAGGUUCCUGCCAGCCCUGACCGCCUCUGGGGCUCCCGCCUCACCUUCAACCACGAUGGCAGCUCACGUUAUGGCCCUAGGACCUACGGCGUUGUCACCAGCCCCAGGGCUGAGGAUGGCGGGACCGUUUCCAGGGGAUGGUCCCAGGAGGGGCCCCUGAAGUCUCCAAAAGAGAGCCAGGAAGAGCAUAGCAAGACCCCUGAGGAGAGGAGCCCCCGUUCCGACCUGGCCUUCAAUGGGGACAUGCCUCAGCCAGCCAGCUCUGAGCCACCUGCUGACAUUUCCAAGCCCUGGGUCCCCUCGAGUCUAGGCCCGUCCUCAGAGAAUGGAGGCUGCGCCAGCCUUGGCCUCACCAUUGAUGUCUCAGACCCUGUGCCUGGGUCUCCCCGUCUUCACUCACCUGAUGCGAGCCCAGCCCGCCCCUCUCAGCUGCCAGAAGCUCAGAGUCCUGCAGCACCCGGGGCUUCUCCCUGCCCCCUGGUGACUCCAGCAUCCACAAGUCCAGUCUUGCUGGAUGAGGGCUCCCACCAACCCCGUGACCCAGAGCUUCCUGCUGAGGGAGUCCCAGAGGCCCCAAGGCCUGGCAGCCCUCCUCUGGAGAAGGUCUUGGGGCGCCAUAGCCCGGGGCAGCCCCAGGCUACCUCACCCCGACCUCUGAUUGAGGAGGGUGAGUUCCUGGACCUUACACAGAUGUUUCCAUCUGAGGGGCAGGUGGCAGCUGAGGGUCACCCAGACCUCUGCCCCACCAGCCUAGCUCAGCGCCGGUUCUCCGAAGGUGUACUGCAGUCGCCCAGCCAGGACCAGGAGAAGCUGGGGGGCUCGCUGGCUGCCCUGCCCCAAACCCAGGGGAGCCAGUCAGCCCUGGAUCGGUCCUUUGGGAGUGACACAGAGUCCAACUGGAGCCUGUCACAGUCAUUUGAGUGGACCUUCCCCACAAGGCCAUCAGGCCUGGGCUUAUGUCGGCUGGACUCCCCGCCCCCCUCCCCCAUUACGGAAGCCCCUGAGGCCGCCGAGGCUGCUGCUGAGGCUGGUGACUCUGUUGUGUCCAGUGAGGAGGAAGGAGUGUCUGAGCAGGGGCGAGGGGUGUGGGCAGCCCCAGAGGGGCCGGAAAGGCCAGGUUCCUGGCUGCAGGGGGAUGAUCCUGGAAUCUCCCCAACCCAAAAGGGGCACGGAGAGAGUGACCCCCAGUCCCCAGCUGUUGCCCUUGAGCCCCUGCCUACAGCGGGGAGCCCACCUCGGUCAGCUACCUUGCUGCAGGCUGAGGAGAGGGAUGAGGAGCGGGGGCUCCUGGCCGGACAGGAAUCCCAUCUCCCUCCAGCCACGAGGGAGGCAGCCCUGCCCAUCCUGGAGCCCGUCCGGGAGCAGCAGCAGCCAGCACCACCUGACCAGCCCUGCAUCCUCUUUGCCGACACCCCUCAUCCCAGGCAGGCAUUGCCUUCUGAGGAGGAGGAGGAGGCAGUGACCCUGGCCCAAGCUGAGACCACCCAGCCCAGGACAGAGGUGCAAGACCCCUACAGGGCCUCCCCGGAGCCGGUGGGCCCUGGAAGCAGUUCCCGCUGGCUAGAUGACCUCCUGGCUUCGCCGCCACCCAGUGCUGGCAGUGUGAGGCGGGGAGCUGAAUCCGAGCAGAAGGACAUACAGACGCCUGGCACCUGCUCUGAGGGACUCCUGGGCUGGGCCCAGAAGGAUCUGCAGAGUGAAUUUGGGAUUGCAGCAGACCCACAGCCCAGCAGUUUCAGCCCUUCCGGCUGGUCCCAAGACACUUCCCAGGACUAUGGCCUUGGGGGCAUGAGCCCUAGAGGAGACCCGGGCCUUGGAGAGAGCAGCUGGACCAGCAAGUAUGGGCAAGGAGCAGGGAAAGGGAGCAGCAAGGAGUGGGCCAGCAGGUGUGGCAUAGGCCAGGAGGAGAUGGAGGCUGGCAGUGGAGAACGGAGGGAGGCGUCUGCUGCAGCAAGGCUUGCCGCCCAGGACUGGAUAUUCGGAAAGCCAAACCCACUUGGCACUCCUCAGAGCCCGGAGGCCACUGCACAGGACUGGGAGUUCAGAAGGAGGGACUCCCGGGGCACUUACUCCAGCCGGGAUGCAGAACUCCAGGACCAGGAAUUUGGGAAGAGAGAUUCGCUGGGUGCUUACACCAGUCGGGAUGCAAGUCUUCGGGACUGGGAAUAUGGGAAGAGAGAUUCCCUGGGUAUGUACACCAGCCAGGUUGCAGACAAGCAGGGCCAGGAAUUGGGAAAGAAGGAGCCGCUUGGCAGUUACAGCAGCCAGGAUGGAGAUGAGCACGACCGGGAGUUUGAGAAGAGAGAUUCUGCACUGGGUGCCUUUGGCGGCCGGGGUACCGAGCAGCAGCAGGGCCAGGGCUUCGGGCAGAGGGCCUGGAUGAGUGACUACAGCGGUGGCAGCAGCUCUACCCUCCUCGGCUCCCAGGACAGAGGCUUCAGCACAAGAGCCUUGAGUGCUGGGUUCAGCCCUGAGGAAGCCCAGCAGCAGGAUGAGGAAUUUGAGAAGAAGGUUCCGAGUGGUGGAGACAGUCUUGGUGAGGCCAGCAGGGAUGUAAGCCAGCCAGAAGAGAGAGAGCCAGGGGGCCUGUUCAGCCCUAGCACCCCCCAGCCGCAGGAUGGGGUACCUGGGCAGAGAGAACAAGGGAGUGGUGCCACCCAAGAGGUCGAAGGGCUGCAGGGCAGACAGCAGGCAGGGGGCCAGAGCCCUGGUGAUGCUGACCUGGAGGAUAAGGAGACGGGGAAGCGAGGCUGGGCUACCGAGUUCAGCCUCAGGGUCGACUCCCAGCCAGAGGCGGCAUUCAGCCUGGGCCGGCCAGACUGGAGUGACGAUUUCUGCAUCGAGGGCACCGAGAGGAGCCACCAGUUUGGUAUCAUUGGCAAUGACAGAGCUAGCGGUGCUGGCCUGAGCCCUUCUGACAAAAUGGGAGGUGGCCACUUCGUGCCUCCCGAGAAGACCACUGCCAGGUCUGUGGACUGGACUGACCAGCUAGGCCUCAGGAACCUAGAAGUGUCCAGCUGUUUGGAUGCCAGGGGCUCGAAUGAGGCCAGGGAGAACGCUGUGGGACAGAUGGGCUGGUCAGACAACCUGGGCUUGAGGGACAUGGACCUGGCUAGCCGUUUGGAGACUGGGGGGUCCGAGGAGCCCAGGGGAAUCAAAGUUGGGGAGGAGGACUGGACUUCUGAUAUUGGGGUGAGGAACAGAGAUUCGGCAGUGGUGGGGGAGGUAGGAGGCCACAGUCAGGCCAGGGAGAGUGGUGUGGGGCAGACCGACUGGUCAGGUGUGGAGGCCGGAGAGUUCCUUAAGUCAAGGGAGCGUGGAGUGGGACAGGCAGACUGGACACCUGACCUUGGGCUGCGAAACAUGGCCCCGGGGGUAGGCUGCAGCCCCAGAGAGCCCCGGGAGCUUGGGGUGGGCCAGAUGGACUGGGGCAACAAUCUGGGCCUGAGGAAUUUGGAGGUGUCCUGUGACCUGGAGUCAGGAGGGUCCCCUGAGCCACGAGGAUGUGGAGUGGGGCAGAUGGACUGGGCCCAGGACUUGGGGCUGCGGAACAUGGAGCUCUCGGGGGGCCCGAGUGAAGCCAGGGAGCAUGGGGUGGGCGAGGUCGGCCAGUGCCCAGAACUAGAUCUUGGGAACAGUGGGGGCUUAUCCCCAGACCUGGAGGCCACAGACCUGUCAGAGGCCAGGGAACUGGGAGUCGGCGAGACAAGUGGACCAGAGACCCCGGAUGAGGAAGGCUACUCACCUUCCUCAGAUACCCAUCCUGAAGACCCCGGGAUGGAGAUGGGAGAUGUCCCCAGCUUCAGAGCCAGUCCUGGCAGGUGUCCUGCCCGUUCUCCGCCCUCUGGCUCCCAGGGCCUGCUGGAGGAGAUGCUGGCUGUCCACAGCUCCAAGACGCCGGCCCACAGAGAGUCUGCGGCCUCGGCCCUCAGGCGCCUGUCACAGGAGGGAGAAGCCAUAGCUAUCCAAGGGGAGCCUCUGGACCAUGGCAGGGACCCUCUGCCCUCUUGGAGGCCCCAGCCUGAUGGUGAAGCCAGUCGGACAGAGGAGGUGGACGGCGGCUGGGGCCCUCCGGGGGCUGAGCAGGGCGAGCAGGGACCUUUACAGACUCCUCGGCGGCCCCCCCAGUGCCCGCCCCCCAGCUCCCUGAGUCAGGACUUCUCUUUCAUUGAGGACACCGAGAUCCUUGACAGUGCCAUGUAUCGGAGCCGUGCCAACCUGGGGCGUAAGCGUGGGCACCGGGCCCCAGCCAUCCGGCCCGGCGGCACCCUGGGUCUGUCGGAUGCAGGGGACUCGGAUGCACGCCUGUUCCAGGACUCCACAGAGCCACGGGCUUCCCGGGUGCCGUCAUCCGACGAGGAGGUGGUGGAGGAGCCUCAGAACCGCCGGACACGGAUGUCCUUGGGCACCAAGGGGCUGAAAGUCAACCUCUUUCCCGGCCUGAGCCCAUCUGCCCUGAAGGCUAAGCUGCGUUCCCGGAACCGCUCAGCUGAGGAGGGGGAGCCAGCAGAGAGCAAAUCGACCCAGAAGGAGUCCGCGGUCCAGCGCUCCAAGUCCUGCAAGGUCCCCGGCCUGGGGAAGCCCCUCACGUUACCUCCCAAGCCAGAGAAAUCCUCAGGGUCAGAAGGAUCGUCACCCAACUGGCUGCAAGCCCUAAAGCUGAAGAAGAAGAAGAUCUGAGAAGUCACUGAGGUCCCUCCUAUCUGGCAGUCUCAGGCAGUGCUGUUCCUGUGGGGUCCCCAGGCGAGGAGAGGGCUGGAGCCCCCCAUGCCCAGGCUGCAGCCUCUGUCUCUCUCCACCUCUG